CCCCGGCCCGUGGCCUCGCCGGUGGGUGUCACGAGGGAGGGUUGGUCCCGUCCUCUGCGCAGGCCCGCGGGGACUUUCUGACAGCGGCCCGGGAAUGAGAAGCCCUCCACUCGCUGGUCUUCUGGUUGAAGCCGCCGCAGGUGCCUCACGCAGGGAAGACUCUAAGGCUGAGACUGCACAGCCCGUCAUUUUGUUAGUUACAGCAGGAAGCUCAGUGAUGUGUUCUAACUUAAUAGCUACUCUGACCUACGACACUCUCCGAUUUGCUGAGUUUGAAGAUUUCCCUGAAACCUCGGAGCCUCUUUGGAUCCUGGGUAGAAAGUACAGCAUCUUCACAGAAAAGGACGAGAUCUUGGCCGAUGUGGCGUCGAGACUUUGGUUUACAUACAGGAAGAACUUCCCAGCCAUUGGGGGCACCGGCCCCACCUCGGACACGGGCUGGGGCUGCAUGCUGCGGUGUGGACAGAUGAUCUUUGCCCAAGCCCUGGUGUGCCGGCACCUGGGCCGAGACUGGAGGUGGACGCGGCGGACGAGGCAGCCGGACAGCUACUUCAGCGUCCUGCACGCAUUCCUGGAUAGGAAGGACAGCUGUUACUCCAUCCACCAGAUAGCACAAAUGGGAGUCGGCGAGGGCAAGUCCAUCGGCCAGUGGUACGGGCCCAACACCGUCGCCCAGGUCCUCAAGAAGCUCGCCGUCUUCGACACGUGGAGUGCCCUGGCCGUUCACGUAGCGAUGGACAACACGGUGGUGAUGGAGGACAUCAGAAGGUUGUGCAGGAGCAGCCUUCCUUGUGCUGGGGCCGCAGCGUUUCCUGCAGAUUCCCAGCGACACUGUAACGGGUUCCCGGCUGGGGCCGAGGUCAGCAGCAGGCCGUCGCCAUGGAGACCGCUGGUGCUGCUCAUCCCGCUGCGCCUGGGGCUCACGGACAUCAACGCGGCCUACGCGGAGACGCUGAAGCACUGCUUCAUGAUGCCCCAGUCCCUGGGCGUGAUUGGAGGGAAGCCCAACAGUGCCCGCUACUUCAUCGGCUACGUGGGUGAGGAACUCAUCUACCUGGACCCUCACACCACGCAGCCAGCCCUGCAGGCCGCUGAGCACUGCCCGAUCCCGGACGAGAGCUUCCACUGCCAGCACCCGCCCAGCAGGAUGAGCAUCGCAGAGCUCGACCCGUCCAUCGCCGUGGGGUUUUUCUGUGGGACCGAGGACGACUUUGACGACUGGUGCCAGCAAGUGAAAAAGCUGUCCCUCCUUGGAGGCGCCCUGCCAAUGUUUGAGCUGGUGGAGCGGCAGCCCUCCCACCUGGCCUGUCCUGACGUCCUGAACUUGUCCUUAGAUUCUUCUGACGUAGAGCGACUGGAAAGAUUCUUUGACUCAGAAGAUGAAGACUUUGAAAUCUUGUCCCUUUGAGGAUCCUGCAGUUGGGGGACGGUCUCACUGGCCCCGCAGGGGCGCUCGGCCGCCGCAUCUCAU